AUGAAACUCAUACAUGAAACUGAGGAUGGAGCAAACGACAGAAAGUUCAUAAAAUCUCAAGUGGAGAAACGUCGAAGGGAGAGGAUGAACCGCAGUCUGGAGCGUCUGAGGACCAUGUUGCUUCAGCAGCCACAACAACUGACUCCAUUAACUCAUACUGGUUUUUCUAUGCAGGGUGCGACUCAGCGCAGAAUGGAGAAAACUGAGAUACUGGAGCACACAGUCCUCUUCCUACAGAACACCGUCAAAACAGACGACACGAGAGCUGGAGGUGGAGGUCAGAAACACUCCUUCCAAGACGGCUUCUCUACCUGCCUGCAGAAAGCCGCUCAGUUCCUGGGACCUGAGGGGAAAGGCCUGUGGCUUGGAGCAGCUCUGGAUGCAUCUUUCGCUGCUCGCUUUACCCACUCAGACUCUGAUUCUGCAGGCGCCAGAAGCACGACUGAAGCCCAAUCCUCCAGCUCUCUGCCACACACAAAGUCCAUUCUUCGGAUGCUGAGGCAAAAGUCCACGCACAGAUUGCAUACACGAGCCUCUGGUGUGAACAGUUUUGCUCAUCCAUACCAACUUCCAGUCCAGCAGGGGUUUCCCAGAGUUCCCCAACAGCCUCAGAGACACAGUGACACGAGCAAGCAGAGCUCGUCUCAGAGUCUCCCGUCAGUGGGACAGCCGUCUACUCUGCUGGAUCAUCCAGCUGUCAUCCAGCUGGGACUGCUGCUGUGCUUUAAGAGCGAGUUUAGAGGUGUGGGACUUCAGGGUUCGAGGAUGGGAGAGCCCCAUGCAGCCCCACACAUCCACCCGUGUGCCAUCAUGUCCGGCGGCAUGAAUGACAUCUGCGGCCCUGUUUUGAGUCAGAGGUGUGAAGCACGGCCUCCUGCAGAGCAACAUCCUUCAGGUGUGAAAUCUGGCCAGGAGGUGAAAGAGUUCAAUAGCAGUUCCCACUUCAAAAAGACAGCCAGGCCUCUGCUGACACUGUCUGAACAUCUUUUUGGAAUGAACCAGGAAAACUAUAUUAUAGCCUUAAGGCAGUGUUGA